UUUAGCUUGUGGCUAAGCUAGCUGACUAUGGCUGCUUGGUUGGUCCAGCUGUGUUUGUGUCCUGGUUGAGCAGGUAUCACCGGCAGGACGUGUCUGAGGAGACGGCGGGCUGAGAGCGGUUCGUGUCGUCGCACUUUGAUCGUUUCCUGGACAAAAUGCGGCUGUUUCUUCUUCUGCUGUCCUGCGGUACCGAGAGAUGCUGCUGACGGGAGGACAGAGGAAGCAGGCGCCGUGUGAGCCUCCUCAGGUCCGCAUGUGAGCUCUGCCGUCCGAGGCUGCGGCAGGGUUGUUUGUGUCGGUCUUUCAGCUGUGUGAUUUCUUCGCUAAAGCUAUGAUGCCUUUCUGAGGGGAAAUAAUGGACAAAUCGAGCCGGGUGUGUCGGCCCCAGCGGAUUAGUGAGUCGUCUAAGGUCUUCCGCUGGGUGGAUCAGGCCGCCGAGCUGCUGCAGGGCCUCAAUGAGCAGCGGCAGCACGGCCAGUUCUGCGAUGUGGUGCUCGUAGCCGACGACCAGCGGGUCCCGGCUCACCGAGCCCUGCUGGCCGUCUCCAGCCCAUACUUCAAUGCUAUGUUUACCUUGGGCAUGAAGGAGGAACACCAGCAGGAGGUGGAGCUGGUUGGGAUGUCCUUCAUUGGUCUAAAGGCUGUAGUGGACUUCCUGUACAGCGGAGAGCUGCCAUUGGACGGAGGAAACAUCGACUACGUGCUGGAAGCCGCCCACCUCCUGCAGGUGUGGCGAGUGGUGGAUUUCUGCUGUCAGUACCUUGAGAAGGAGGUGAGCGAGGACAACUACCUGUACCUGCAGGAGCUGGCGCUGCUCUACAGCCUGGAGCGACUCGACACCUUCAUCGACCACUUCAUCCUCACACGCUUCGCCACGCUCUCUUUCAACCUGGACUUCCUUCGUGAUAUUCCUUUACACAAACUCAGCUCCUACCUCUCCAGUGGCCAGGUUCAGCACGACAGUGAGCAGGCUCUUCUCCAGGCCUCCCUGCAGUGGCUCAGCCAGACGCCUGAGCGGACCUCCCACGCCAGGCAGCUCCUCUCCCACAUCCGAUUCCCUCUGAUGCCAGUGGGGGACCUCGUGAGCAGGGCGCUUCCGGCUGUGAGAGCUCUACUGCCCGAGGAGGCUGGCUGCGAGGCCCUGGUGGAGGAGGCACUAGCGUACCAUGCCAGGCCCAACGCUCAGCCGCUCCUGCAAACUGGACGCACCGCACUGAGGGGGGGAGUGGAGAGGCUGCUGCUCAUUGGAGGAGAGGUUUCCGAGCGUGGAGAGGAGCUGAGCGCCAGCGUUUGCUCUCUGGACGGUGAAACGGGAAGUUGGGAGGUGGAGACCGAGCUGCCGGCCCAGCGGAGCCACCACUGCCUCGCGGUGCUCGGAGGCUUCAUCUUUGCUGCCGGCGGCAGCUCUUCCAGGGACAACGGUGGAGACGCUGCCUGUAACCUUCUGUACAGAUACGACCCCCGCCACAACCAAUGGACCAGGGGUGCGCCGAUGAACCAGCGACGAGUUGACUUCUACCUGGGGACAGUAGGAGAGUGCCUGAUUGCCGUGGGAGGGAGGAAUGACACUGGAGCUUUGUCCUCAGUGGAGAUCUACUGUCCUGCUGAGGACUGCUGGACCUACGUGGCAGGCCUGCCCAGGUUUACUUACGGUCACGCUGGAACAGUUCACCGUGGCAUCGUCUACAUCUCUGGUGGUCACGACUAUCAGAUCGGCCCGUACCGCCGGGACGUCCUGAGUUACAAUCCGUCACGCGAUGGCGAUGUGUGGGUGGAAUGCCAGCCCAUGUCUCUUGCCCGGGGCUGGCACUGCAUGGCCUCCCUUGACCACCUAAUCUAUGCCAUCGGAGGCAGUGACGACCACGAGGACACUACAGAACGCUUUGACAUCCUGCAGAUGGAGUCCUACGACCCACGCAGCGGCCAGUGGACUCGGGUUGCAUCGCUGUUGCUGCCCAACAGCGAGGCGGGGCUCGCUGUCUGGGCAGGUAGGAUCUAUGUUCUUGGGGGCUACAGCUGGGAGAGCAUGGCAUUCUCCAGAGCCACACAGGUAUAUGACCCUGACAAGGGGUCAUGGUCUAGAGGGCCUGACCUGCCCAAACGCAUCGCGGGGGCUUCAGCAUGUGUGUGCACCGUGAAGCCUCUGCCACUGUCAGCCUCACCAGAGAAGAAGAAGAUGGAGCCAGGGGUGAAAGGAAGAUCACGCCCUGUGUAACAACAGGGAUGGACUUCAGAUGGACUCCUGGUACCCUGAAUAGGAGAUCAGUACUUUAUUAGAUCUCCUACAUGACAGAAAAAGUAAGAGCAAUAAGGACAACCACCAACAUCUUUCUCCUGGAGCACACUGGAUAACUAUGUUAACAAAAAUGACGUCAUGUGAUUGACAGGCUGUCCUGCAUUUUGGCUUUAGCAUCGGAGAGUUUGUCUGGCUUUGCAGGCUGGAUAGAGGCCCCAGUAUUCUGUACUGUGACCCACAUGGUGGCCAGUGAACUUGGGUGGUGCUGCCCCAGAGCGAUCCAGGACUCUGUAGUCCGUACACUGGACAAAUCGCACACAGUGUUAGCUCAGGCAGGCCACAAUCGCAGCCGAUCAGCUGAUCUCAGUGCCAGCCUUCAUCUGUUUAUGGCUCAGCUGAUGCCUUUAUACACAUCCAUCAUGCAUCAUGAAGUUGCUUUAGCCUAACUGUAGUUUCUGCACAUCUGCAACCCUCUUUACAACCCUCCUCCUUUUCUUGCUGCAUCUGACUUAAUGUCAUUAAAUCUGCUGCCACUGACUGUCUUACUGCUGAUUUUUUUAUUUACUGUGUCGUUUGUGACGUCUUAAAGCUGGAUGUGUGUUUGGUGCAGAUGUUUGGAGCCUCCAAAGCAAAGAACAGCCUGAGUUCAGUACAGUUUCUCUGAAAUGUGAGCUUUGCAUUGUGAGUGCAGAAUGUGCAACGAGAAGUCAGUCGUCUGUUAAAACAGAUGAACUUGGUUAAGCAUGUGGGAAGAAUUGAUUCCACGUGUCUGUAACAAAACGGGCACCCAGCAGCUCCACAGAGGUGCAGACCGCUCACUCGUGCUUUUAGGACUGAACAUGAAUGUUUUAUGAAAGACAUAACCACUCCCUGCAUUCAUUACACAGAUUAUUUAUUAUAUGGGCAGCAACAACAACCUUGACACACAG